AUGACGGUGAUGAUGGUGAUAAUGAGGAUGAUGAAGGAUGAUGAUGGUGAUAAUGAGGAUGAUGAAGGUGAUAAUGAGGAUGAUGGUGAUAAUGAGGAUGGUGAUAAUGAGGAUGAUGGUGAUAAUGAGGCUGAUGAUGGUGAUAAUGAGGAUGAUGAAGGUGAUAAUGAGGAUGAUGGUGAUAAUGAGGAUGGUGAUAAUGAGGAUGAGGAUGGUGAUAAUGAGGAUGAUGGUGAUAAUGAGGAUGAUGAAGGUGAUAAUGAGGAUGAUGAAGGUGAUAAUGAGGAUGAUGAAGGUGAUAAUGAGGAUGAAGGUGAUAAUGAAGAUGAUGGUGAUAAUGAGGAUGAUGGUGAUAAUGAGGAUUAUGAAGGUGAUAAUGAGGAUGAUGGUGAUAAUGAGGAUGAUGAAGGUGAUAAUGAGGAUGAUGGUGAUAAUGAGGAUGAUGAAAGAGAUAAUGAGGAUGAUAGUGAUAAUGAGGAUGAUGGUGGUGAUAAUGAGGAUGAUAGUGAUAAUGAGGAUGAUGGUGAUAAUGAGGAUGAUGAUGGUGAUGAUGAUUAA